AUGCUCCCUCAAGCAUCUGUUCUCGCGGCCGUCUUGCCGGCGCUGACGCUGCUGCUCCCAGGCGGCGUCUAUGGCCUCGCGGUGGCGUCUAGAGCGACGAACUAUACCCAACAAGCCAUCGACUCGGGCGCUGUGCUGUCUGAUCUCAACAAACAGGCCUACAGCAACGUUCUUGCUCGUCUCGGAAACGCGACUGCGGCCGGUCACAACGGGACCGCGCAGUGCACAAAAGACAAUGUCAGAGUCCGUCGCGAGUGGCGAAACAUGCCCGAUGAAGAGCGCAUUAGGUACACCGAUGCCGUGUCCUGCCUCCAGCAGCAGCCGGAGUUAUUCACCGAGAUUGCCGGGUCCAAAUCCAUGUUUGAUGACUUUGUGGCCCUGCACCAGGCAGCGACUCUUUACGUCCACCUGUCGGCAACGUUCUUCCUCUGGCAUCGCUACUACAUCUGGACAUAUGAGAACAAGCUGGAGUCGGAGUGCGGCUACAACGGAUCUUUCCCCUACUGGGAAUGGGGUUUCGACACGGCCAACCUUUCCGCGAGCCCAGUCUUCGACGGCUCCGCGACCUCGAUGGGCAGCGACGGCGUCCCGACCCCUCACCAAGGGCUCGUCCUCGUCAACGCGUGGGAUAACACCACAACAGUACUCCCCGCCGGCACAGGCGGCGGCUGCCUGGCUUCGUCCUCGGCCCCAUUUGCCAACCAGACGGUCCACCUCGGCCCGCAGGCCAUGCCGGACUACGGCAACGUCACCUCCUACAACUCGGCCACGCCCACCGACGACAACCCGCGAUGCCUGCGCCGCGAUCUCAACGUCUACCCGCUCCAGCGCUGGGCCAGCCUCCGCAACACGACGGACUUGAUCCGUGACGCCGCUGACAUUGAGAGGUUUCAGGCCGUCGCACAGGGGGACUCGCGGUACGUCGGAACGGGCCAGCUAGGCGUCCACGGAGGCGGGCACUAUGCGCUAGGAGGGGACCCUUCGAGCGACGUCUACCUCAGCCCCGGUGAUCCCGUGUUCUACCUUCAUCACGCUCAGAUGGACCGUCUCUACUGGAUCUGGCAGAACUUGGACUGGCAGAAUCGUCAGACAAUUUUCGGUACGAACACCACCAUGAACCAGCCGGCUAGCGCCAAUGUGACACUCGACGACUUCAUGUACAUGGGACCUCUGGGCGCCGAACUGUCUCUUCGCGAUGCCAUGGAUACCGUGAAUGGCCCAUUCUGCUACACUUAUCCGCAGACUUCAGUACCGAUAUCCAUUCAUUCCUACGAUAGGGACUAUUCAUGCCCGUCCCAGAUCAGGACAUCCUCCACGAGAUAUGGCAUCAACGGCGCCUACCCCGUUCACCUGUACCUUCUGCUUCCAGCCCUCCGACGGCCCUCCACACGUCAUCGGCCGGGAAGCCCGCCUGAGCUGCUCGCCCUGCUACGGCGCGCUGAUCGAUCUGGCCAUCUGCUGGGUUUGUGCAAGCUCAUCUACCGAGGGGUGCCUGUGCUGGACCUCUUUGACGAUGGUCUCGUUGCCGCUAUUGAUGGGAGGAGCAUGGCUGGCAGGAUUGCUGGAACGGAAGGCAAGGGGAACAUGAAAGAGGUGGAGGUGGUGCCGCUUUGUGCUGCGUGUUGUGUUGGUACGGAGGGGGAGGAUGUGGUGCAGAAGGGGUUGAGGAGGGUUGAAAGGGUUGAUGGUGGACUCGGCCGCGCGAGAUGGGGUGCUGGUGAGACCAGGGCCGGGCAGUUGAGGAGGGCUCCGGCGUCUAUCCGAUCUCUCAGCCCAGACUCGUCAUCAUUCCGCAGAAUAGGAGACGGAUCCCACGACGAGAGCAGAGGGUAUCUGGCAACACCACCCGGAGACUCUACGAUAUACGUCUCCAUCAACGAUCCCAUCGGCCAACCUGCCUUCAAGCCAAGUCCAACGAAGCCUAUACCGAUAUGGAUGCAGCCAUUUCGGGGCCUUGAGCAAGUGGCCGGUGAAGAGCAGAAAGAAAUCUGUGUGUCUCAUCCACUCUCUGGCCUCUCGCAGACUCCAGCGACGUCAAUCUCCGGGACCCCCUCAAUAGGGUCAUCGAAUUCACUUACACCGACCAUCAGACCAAUUACACCGGCCCGCUCCACGUCGCCGCCGCAAACACCGCCGAGGUCUCGUUCGAUCUGGACGCCGUCUGAAAUUCGACGAGCACCACCUCUCUCGUGGGUCAGCAACGAGCCCCUCAAGCGGCCGUCCUCUCGAUUUGCGUCCCGUCUCGAGAAGUCGGACACGACGACGUCGUCGGGUUAUGUCACUCCGCCAGAGACGCCCUCCGAGCAGCAGACGCGGUACAACACCCCACCGCCGCCGCCGCCGCAGUUACGGCGAGUGCGGCCGCAGAGUCCAUUGGUCCCUGCUCGUGUCCCACCGCGUCACGCCGUGCGUCGAACGCCUCCGCCUCAGUCGUCCGAGUACCUAGAGCGGUACAAUCCCAUCCGGUCCCCGUCGCCGCGACCACGGAUCACACGACCAGUCAUGUCAGCGUUCAGUCCACCCAGUCGUGCCAGAGCCAGCUUGGUGGUGUCGAGGCAUGCGACCAAGGAUGAUGGUAAUGGCCCGACUCCAGAUCCGAACCAGAGCACGGAGAGGCUUCUCUCGGAUGGGGCCGACUCGCCAGGCGAAGCGGGGAAGAAGAGGAAUUUGCAGGCUUUACGAAAGCUGUUCAGCGGAAAGUGA